AUGUACGAUGAAACUAUAAUUUUGAUCGGCCCAGAAGGUUCUGGCAAGUCUACCAUUGGUAAAAUCCUGGCCAAGACCCUGUCGAAAGAGUUGUAUACCCUUGACCGACACCGCGAUGAACUCUACGCACCAUACGGCUACGAUAAAGACCUCGCCGCGAAGAUAUACGAAGAAAAAGGUCUUUGGGCAUUUUACCAGCACUGGAAAACAUUUGAAUACAAGACUGUCGUACACAUCCUGCACAAUGCAAGUCGAGAGGGCGAUCAGUUUUAUGGCAAAAUUCUCGAUUUCGGAGCCGGACACUCAGUCUUUGAGAAUCCGCAAGAGCUGGAAAAUAUUGAGGCGUUGAUUAAGCCUUAUGAAAAUGUCAUCUUGGUAAUGCCGUGCGAGGACGUCGAUGAGGUGUUGAAGAUUACAGAAGCACGGAGGGGCCAUGAGCUUGGACUCAACAAGCACUUUGUGGAACAUCCAAGCAAUAAGAGGCUUGCAAAGCAUAUCAUUUAUACAAAAGACACCACAGUUGAGGAAUGUGCUGAAAGAGCGCUUCGGAUUAUCAGAAGAGGUGGUGCACCAAGUGUAUCGACUCUUACAAGUACAGAUGCUGGUCCCGGAAACAUCGCUUAG